GAACCUUGGUUUUUUCUUCACGGAGAAUUUAUUACCUAAAAAAAGAAAUGAAAAGAACUCCUUUCAAAAUUUGAUGUUAUUAAAAGAAGUAAUCUCUAUUCUGUACCUUUAAAAUUUGUCAAUUGCCAAAUCAACCUUUGACAGCAGCAUUAGCAAAAACAGUUUCCUUUUUUUUUUUUUCCCUUUCACUUUUGUUCUCCCACUUGCCCAUCAAUCUCCCAUUUGCCAAAUCAUAAUAUCUCAGAGAGCAUCCAAUGCAAGUGAGGUCCAGAAUUAAAGACUCCAUUUCUAUUUUCAAAUUGGAAAUUCUUAUUGCCUCUUUCUCUUCAUCAACCAUAUUUCCCGCCAUUUCCAAACCAACCAACCAAAUCCCAUUUGACCACCCAUUCCCACAUGCACUUUUUCAAUUGCUAAAGCAACGCCCAACGCUCCCUAAGCUGAAGCAAAUUCAUGCCCAAGUUGUCACUCAGGCAUUUUCACGCCAUUCUUCCAUAGCCACUUCUCUCAUACAUUGUUAUCUCUCUGCCGAUAACAUCAACAGCGCAAGAUCAUUGUUUGAUUGUUAUCCUUCUUCUUUGCCACCCAUUCUAGUAUGGAACCUCAUGAUCAGGGCCUACUCCAAGCUGCAAAAUUCCCAAGAAUCCAUUUUUCUUUUCAAACAAAUGCUGGCCAUAGAUGGGUCUGUCAAGUUUUUCCCAGACAAGUACACAUUCACCUUUGUCCUCACUUCGUGUUCGCAUCAGAAAGGAACGUACUUUGGAGAAAUAGUUCAUGGGUUAGUGAUAAAAAAUGGGGUUGAGUCGGAUUUGUUUGUGGCCAAUUCGGUGAUUAACAUGUACUCAGUUUUUACAAGAAUGAAAGAUGCACAUAAAGUUUUCAACGGAAUGCCUGAGAGAGAUGCAUUCUCAUGGACUAGUCUUUUAAGAGGGUAUGCGAAACAUGGGGAAUUUGGUAUAGCUUGUGAACUGUUUAAUGUGAUGCCUGUACGCAAUGAAGUGUCAUGGGCUGUUAUGAUAUCUGGUUUUGUUGGCUGUGAGAGGCAUAUUGAAGCUCUAAGAUAUUUCCAUGACAUGUUAUGUGAAGGCAAGGUGAAGCCUAACGAGGCUAUUCUUGUUUGUGUUCUGUCUGCCUGUGCUCAUCUUGGUGCCUUGGAUCAAGGGAAUUGGAUUCAUUUAUAUAUAGACAAGAAUAGAAUCCCUCUGAGCACCAAUAUCUUUACUGGUCUAAUUGAUAUGUAUGCAAAAUGUGGGAAAAUAGAUCGUGCAAUUCAAAUUUUUAAAGGGAUUUCUAAGCGGGAUGUUCUCAAUUAUACAAGCAUGAUCACUGGCUUGUCCAUUCAUGGACUUGGUAAAGAUGCUGUGUGGAUUUUCUCACAAAUGCUAAGUGAAAAUGUAAUGCCUAAUGACAUUACAAUUAUAGGAGUGUUAAAUGGAUGUAGCCAUUCAGGUUUAGUAGAGGAGGGUUCUUCAAUCUUCUACAACAUGGAAAACUUGUGGGGAAUCGUUCCCAAGGUUGAGCACUAUGGCUGUUAUAUUGAUUUGCUUAGCCGUGCUGGUUUUUUGGAAAGGGCAUUUGAAGUUGUCAAGAGUUUGCCCAUGCAUCCUGAUAUUGUCAUAUGGAGGGCUUUACUUAGUGCUUGUAGAAUUCAUCGGGUUGUUAAACUAGGAGAGCAAGUUAUGAGACACAUUGAGCAAUUAGACCUCUCUAGACAUCAUGGAGGCAAGGUGCUCCUCUCAAAUCUAUAUGCUUCUCUUGGAAGAUGGGAGAGGGUUGCAGAAGUGAGAAAUCUAAUUAGUGAGGAGAAAAAUGAAUCAAAACCUGCGUGCAGUUGGAUUGAGGUCAAUGGAGUUGUUCAUGAGUUUCGAGUUGCUGAUCAAUUGCAUCCUCUGAUUGCAAUUAUUCGAGAAAAGUUGAGUGAAAUUCUAAAGAAUGCUAGGUCAGGGGGCUAUGUUGCUAAUACAAGGCAAGUUUCAUUUGAUUUGAGUGAGGAAGAGAAAGAGGAAGCAGUUGCUUAUCAUAGUGAGAAGUUAGCUAUUGCUUUUGGGCUGAUGAGUACGGAGCCUGGGACUCCAAUUCAGAUAGUGAAAAAUCUCAGGACAUGUGAUGAUUGUCAUUCAGCUUUGAAGGCCAUAUCCAAAGUUUAUAAGAGAGAAUUGAUAGUCAGAGAUCGUUCUCGUUUCCACACUUUUAAAGAUGGAAUCUGCACAUGCAAUGAUUAUUGGUAGCCAUGAAUUCUUUCACUGUAAGCAAUAUAAGUUGCAUGCGAGUUGCUGAUCAAUUGCCUCCUCAGAUUGCAAUAAUUCGAGAAAAGUUGAGUGAAAUUCUGAAGAAUGCUAGGCUAGGGGGCUAUAUUGCUAAUACAAUGCAAGUUUCAUUUGAUUUGAUUGAGGAAGAGGAAGAGCAAGUGGUUGCUUGUCAUAGUGAGAAGUUAGCUAUUGCUUUUGGGUUGAUGAGUACUGAGCCUGGUACUCCGAUUUGGAUAGCGCAAAAUCUUAGGACAUGUGAUGAUUGUCAUUCAGCUUUGAAGGCCAUCUACAAAGUUUAUAAGAGAGAAUUGACAGUCCAAGAUCGUUCUCGUUUCCACACUUUUAAAGAUGGAAUCUGCUUGUGCAAUGAUUAUGGUAGCCGUGAAUUCUUUCACUAAUACAGACAACUUUUAGUGAUGUUAUAAGUUUGUUCAACAAUGGCAAACAUCCGAUGGCCCGCACGAAAGAACUUUAUGUAUUUUGUUGGAAUCUGAAGUCCCAUACACAUAAUUCACCGAAGUUUCAUGCUUAGAAAAAGCUCUUUGGGUGAGCUGGUUGCGAUUGUCCUACUCAAAAAUUUCCCAAGAAGUGGAGCAAUAUUCUUAAAGUUAAAAAAGUAUAUUUCAAAAUGAAACAAAAAAAGCAAGGGGGAAAAAAAAAACAUCUUUUGCAAAUGUUGGCUCUGGAUUGUCUUGCUCUGAUGGUGAAGGCGGAUGAUAAGGAAUUAAAGAAGCCACGAGUGGGGAAGUUUCUGCUACUUCCAGCGCACUAACAAAGAUCAUUUUGAUGCUUGUCUCUACUCUAGAAGUCAAAAAGUACAGGUAUUAUUGAUUAAAGGUAAUUAAUUUUUUUUUGGGGGAAACUUUUUGGUUCGUUCCUUUUUGCUAAACAAAACUUGUGUGCUAGUUGAAUGAUGAUAUGUAUCUUCCAUUUUGAGCACACAAUUAUCUUACACUGUCUGUUGCCACAGCUUAGAUACAUUGUAAUAUAUCAAAGUCCGCAGUUUCUUGAUGAUGACUUCUUGCAUGCAUGAACGACACCUUUUUAACUUUAUUUUGGUCUAAUGCCUGCAUUAUCAUUGUCAUAUAUAUCUUAUUCCCUCCUCUGAGGAUAUUAUAUAUAAAUAUAAUAUAUAUAUAUAUACAUAUAAUAUAUACUACAUAAAAAGGUCAGCUGAACAAAUUUUUAGUACUGACUUGGAUUUGAAUAUAUAAUAGAAUCGAAAGGGCAAAUUUUACCACACUUUAUAGAUUAUGUAGAAAAAGAAAUUUUCACAUAUUGUACCAGAAAAGUCUAGACCCUAUAGUUUAUGUAAUAACCCAUCUUAUAUGCCUUAGAAAAUAAAUACUUGACCAAAUUAUUUAUUGUCCUUGUAACGUAGAGGAAAAAUUAAAACCUAUGAUCUCCAGUGAAAACCUAUGAUCUCCAGUGCUUAUUAUUCUUGUUACUAAUAAAUUUGUUGAAACUUUCCUGUCUGUGACCGAGUGACUCAAUAAUUUACGUCUUUUGUCACCCGAUAAUUACUACUUUUAUUUUUUCUCCUUUUCGAUCGGAGAUUGAUGACUAAUUAGAAACACUAUGCAUGGUAUCCUUUGAAUAAUGGAGAAGAUUUUGCUACAGUUUCAAACAGAUUUGAUGUACAGUUUCAAAUAGAUUUGAUGAACCAAUAAUUCAACUUCAGUUUCAUCUGAUCGCUACCAAAAGUCCUAGCUACAGUGACAACCCACUCAACGAUUGAAUUUCAACCUUCCAAACCAGCUCUCUUUCAUCUAUAAAAAUUUUAACUUCCAAGUACCCUCUAAAUUGCAUUGAAAAUACACUUUGACUUAUAAAUCUAAAAAGAAGAAAAAGAAAAAAAGAAGGGGAAAAAAAAAGAAAAA